UGCAUGUGGUGCCCCUCGCUAUACGACUGCGAUCCGUCUGUCGGCGGCCUGAGCCACGGGACGGGACAAUCUGCCUUGUACGUCACCAACCUUGACGGCGCCGCGAAAGCACUGGCAGUGGUAGCAACUUGAACCACUGCACAUGCUGUACACCACCAUACCUAGGUAAUGAGCGUGUAGUCAGUCACCCUCCGCCUGCAACACCAGGCAUCAGCAAUUCCAAGGUUUACAGUUCAAUUGCGCGUCAUCCGCCACUCCAAUCCCCCAGGCCCCUACAUCAACCCAUCUUAUCCUGUGCAUACGCUUCUCCGGACCACCGGCUACAGUACGAGCAUGGCAUGCUGAGCACUUCGAACCGCAGCCUCCAAGACAACAACCGCGAUCAUGACUACUCAACCAUCGUCGUCCAAACCAGACGCACCCUCUCCAUCGGCGUCCUUCUAUGACCUCUCGGACGAUGAAGAAGGGGAAUACAAUACAAUUACACAUGCCUCCACCACAAGAGGGGUCAAGUUGCUCUACUCCAAGAGCAAGGUCUAUGUCCAUCCCACACCGUCUGCCAAAGACAACAUUCCAGGCUUUAUUGCCCUUGUCCAGCAGAAAUCGUCGCCUCUAGCCUCAGACGACCGACCCCAUUCCUCAGACUCUUCUAACAAAAAGGCCAACGCCUCCAACUACCUUCUUGCUUGGGUUCCUGAAGCCUCCCUGAGCGAGGACGAACUCAGCACAUAUGUCAAAGUGGACUUGAAAGACGGCGAAUCUCCCCCGAAGCAGACUUACCUUGUGCCUCCGCCGCCCCUUGCGGCAUCCUUCGACGAGUCCCCGGUCGGCCCAUACGCAUUUUCCCUUCCUCUGUCUAGCAUUUAUUCGAUACAUAUCCGACCACCGAGCCUGGGUUGGUGGUACGGCAGCAUAGUCAUCAAUACACGCGCAGGGACAAGCCUUCCCGCCCUAUUCUUCCACGAUUCCGAGUGCGAGAGCACCAUUCUACAAAAGAAGAAACGAGCCCGAGAAUCCUUUGACCCGUUUGGUGAAAGCGGAGAUUUGUUCUGGGGUGGAGACGAGGUUCUGCGGUGGCUCAAACGCUAUGUCAAUGUGGAGCGAAGCACCGCGGAGCCAUCCAUUUACCUGAUCGACCCCUCGGAAGAAGAUCGUCUUGGUUUUGGUCAAGGUCGAAAAUCGCUCGAAGGGGAAAACAAGAACGACGGCUCGGGUUCGAAGAAGUCCAACCAAAAACCUCCAUCAGGGCCUGGAAUGGACCCCUUCACCAAAGCACUCAAGGAAACGAGGUGGAAGAUCCUUGAGCAAUUGUCCAAAGUAACCACUUUUACACGGCGUACGGCGGAAGAUCUUGCUAAUAACAAGAAUAUUCCUCCCCAAGUACGGCGACUUGUACAAAAUCCCGAGAUACAAACUCUCCAGGAUGAAUUCGACAGUGCCAAGUUAUACCUGGCACGAUGGGCCAUGACCAUCGCAGAGCAGAGUGAAAGGGAGAAGAGGCAGAGAAUAUGGACGGCUCGAGAUGUUCUGGAGUCGGAGGAGACCAGUGUGGGCGACUUUGAGAUUCUCGACAUGGAGGCCGGAAAAUUGACCCUCAACGAUAGCAAGAGAAGACCGGUCAACCUCCAAGAAUGGCAAUCGUUCUUUGAUUCCAAGGGCACACUACAAGUGACCGUGGAUGAGGUAAAAGAGCGCAUCUUUCACGGUGGCCUUGAUCCCGAAGAUGGAGUGCGGAAGGAAGCCUGGCCAUUCCUGUUGGGAGUGUAUGACUGGGACAGCACCAAGGAUGAACGGCAUGCAUACAUGAACAGUAAGAGAGAUGAAUACAUCCAGCUCAAAGGAGCCUGGUGGGACAGAAUGAUGGAUGGAGACGCCACCCCUGAACAGGAGGAGUGGUGGAAAGAACAAAAAAACCGAAUUGAAAAGGAUGUGCAUCGAACAGACCGAAACAUCCCCCUAUUCGCAGGCGAAGACAUCCCGCAUCCCGAUCCCACGUCACCGUUUUAUAAUCCCGAUGGUCCCGGGACCAACGUGCAUUUGGAGCAGUUGAAAGAUAUGCUUCUUACAUACCUGGAAUACGACACACCUCCGUCACCCGAUGCUUCUUCCCCCACUCGCUAUCGAAGUCGCAAUCCUCAUCCUCUGAACCUGGGUUACGUCCAAGGCAUGUCAGACCUCCUCUCUCCGUUAUAUGCGGUAUUUCAAGACGAUGCCGUCGCCUUCUGGGCCUUUGUAGGCUUUAUGCGGCGUAUGUCUCGCAACUUUGUGCGGUCACAGGUGGGCAUGCGGGCCCAACUCAGCACCCUGGACCAGAUGGUGCAGAUCCUGGACCCGAAACUGUACCUUCAUCUGCAAUCAGCCGACUCGACCAACUUUUUCUUCUUUUUCCGCAUGCUGUUGGUCUGGUACAAGCGCGAAUUCGAAUGGAGCGACGUCUUGAGGUUGUGGGAAGCCUUAUGGACGGAUUAUUACAGCUCCCAAUUCCACUUGUUUAUCGCCGUUGCGAUUCUUGAAAAGCACCGCGACGUCAUCAUGGACCAUCUCCGCCACUUUGAUGAGAUACUCAAAUACAUCAAUGAGCUUUCUGGAACGAUUGAGUUACAAGAGAUUCUCUUCCGGGCAGAGCGGCUGUUCAAACGUUUUGAGAAAACCGUCGAAGCGGUCGACAAGAAGAACACUUUUCCGGCGCCAAGUGGCGGAGAAUUGAGGCAAAGGAAGCCGGCGGACGACGGUGAGGGUGCGGCCAAAUUGGGAAGUUCGACAGCUACCACUACCGGUGCUUCCUCCUCGACAGUCGCGGGUCGACCGUCAUCAUCUGGACGCGCUCUUCCAGCGCAGAACCGCCAAGUACAGGCCAAACCGGGUCAAAAGGGCAAAGGGAAGGAAGUGGAAAAAGAAAAAGAAGCCGAGCAGAUCAUCACUCCGGAACUGCGUCUGCUUUUGAGUCGGAAGAUCAUCACCCUAGAUGAAGAGGGAGUUGAUGAGGCCAAACCAAGGGCAAGUGGGUUGAAGGACUAGUAUAACUAUUGCUCGUACGAGUGGACAAUAUGAUGCAACGACUUUUGGGCGGAUUAGGGCACUGGCAGGAUAUUGGUGUUGCUGGUGGCAUUGGGACGAUUUUGGUAGCGUGAGAGAAAGGCGACUACAGUAGGGCAGGGCAGUCAAACUGGGACUUCUAUAGCCAUUGAGACAGGUUAAACCUGAGGAGCAGUGCACCGUGGCCUUGGUAGCAUGAGAUGUCAAUAACCACUGUAUGUCCGACGGUGAGAUUCGAAAGCAUAGGUAUCAUGUAACAUGCAAAGGCGGGUGAAAUCGAAGUGCCAGUGGUACAAGCAAUCCAGUUCGAGUUCGAGUUCUCCUUCAAAUUGGAGAUUGCUCGGUCGGAGGUUGAUAUUAUAAUAUAAUACAUAAAUGCGGA